AUGAGCGGAAUCAAAUCCAAACUCUUUGAUACAGCUAACGACCUAACCUCUAAAUUUGACCGGGGCCAAAAUUUACUUCCCCGUCCGACGGAAGGCGUGAUCAGACAAAUCUCGUCUCGAAAAUGCCGCCGGGGCCGACUGGGACCAGGCCAAAACAAUUCAAUAAUAACGAUUUGGUCCUUUCUUUUCCUUCCAGCCUUCCCCUCCUGCAAGGAUCCCACCGGCUCGAAAGGCCGCUGCGUUCCGGUCCGCAACUGCGACGCCAUCCACAGUGUGUUCCUGAACGAACGCAUCACACUGGAUCGCAAAAUGGCCGACUUUGUGCGGGCUAGCAGCUGCCCGUCGGACGCCCGGGACGGCCACUCGAUCUGUUGCGCCGCGGUGAAACCGGCCAAAAUGGUGGACUUUAUCGCCCACUCGAAGGCCGCCCGGUUGGGCUUAAAGCACUGCGGAACGGUUCGGUUGGCGGACAACAUCCUGCUCGGGAGUGCGACCGGCCUGGGGCAGUUUCCGUGGAUGGCCAAUUUGAUGUACAAGCGGAAGGGGGCGCUCAAAAGCUUGUGCAGUGGAUCGUUGAUCCAUCCGAGGUACGUGUUGACGGCGGCCCACUGUAUGAAAGGCAACACGCGGCCGGUAGCGGUCCGAUUGGGCGAGUACGACCUGUCCAGUGAUCCGGACUGCGUCGAGGGACGGUGUGCGGCCAAGGUGAAGGAAUACCCGAUCGAGAAGCUCAUCCCGAACAACAACUUCAACGGAUUCGACGCGGACUACGACAUUGCGUUGAUCCGACUUGCUCGAAAAGUCGUCCUAGUAGAGGGAGAAGUCUUUCCGGUUUGUCUCCCGUUGACCGAAAGCCUGAUGAUGCUGAAACCAAACCGACUGACGGUUACUGGCUGGGGUCAGACGGAGGACCAGCGGGCUUCAAACGUCCUGCUGGAGGCGGAUCUGCAAGUGGUGCCGCGGACUGACCUGUGUCAAGGCGAGUCGACGUUUUGUGCGCGAGGACGAGACAUGGCCGGCCAUUGUCGGGGGGACUCGGGUGGUCCGUACCAGACGGUGGUUCCGGUGGGGGACGGUUCCCACAGGUUCGUUCAGUUUGGAGUGGUUUCCGGUGGGCCGGCCGAGUGUAGUGUAAAUGAGAAGAGGCCCGGUGUGGGUGUGAUGGUCAGCUAUCACAUCAACUGGAUACUGGACAAUUUCAUUAUGAAGUCUUUAGUGCUGUUUUUUAUCGGAAUCGCCCUUCCACUAUCGACCUGCCAAUUGUAUCAAUAUUACAAGAAACAACCGAGAAAGUGCUACACCUCAAAGGCGACCUGCGUGCCCAUCGAGUUCUGUCCCAAGAUUUUCGAGGCCCUUAAUCGGCACUCGAAAAGCCGGUACCACCAUCGACAGUCGGAACGACCCGUCGAGGUCACGUGCCGCGAGUGCAAGCAGUACGAAGGUCAGCUAAGUGUCUUCUGCGAACCGGGCCAUUCGACCGCCUUGAAGGACUGCGUCAUCGCUGCCUAUCCUAAUGUUACGGGACAGUGCAUUCCCGAGGAGUACUGCCGUCGUCCGGUGGCAAAGAUGCACCGGAAGUGGUCCGGUCAUGGCCAAACUUGCUUCGAGGAAGAUGCGAAAAACCUAUGCAAAUCAGAUGCCCUGACUGGGCAAGGACGCUCAAUCUGUUGCGCGGAUGCUCCGGCACAUACGAGCAACGGCCAACCGAACUGGAUAGAACACCCGAAAGCGGCCAGACUGGGCUUGCAAACCUGUGGAUCGGUGGCCAUGGAGGAUAACAUUUUCCGGGGUACAAAAGCCGCGAUCGGCCAGUAUCCGUGGAUGGUGAACCUGCUCUACUGGAAAUGGGGACAGUAUCACCUUAAAGGAGCUGGCACGUUGAUCCAUCCCCGGUACGUUCUGACAGCGGCGCAUGCAGUCAUUGGGAAUCUGAAAAAAGUCAGAUUGGGAGAAUAUGAUCUUGCUUCUACCCUCGACUGUGAUGACGGAGUUUGUGCCCAAUCAGCCAUAGACUAUCCAAUUCAUAAAAGAAUGAUCCACGAGCUCUUCCGCAAGACAUCGGACUACGAUAUCGCCCUGUUGGAGUUGUACCGGGAUGUCAAUCUCUUCCCGCAGCAAAUCUACCCAAUCUGUCUGCCUCUGACCAAGAGUCUGCUGAUGUUGCAGCCCCGCCAGAUGACCGUGACCGGUUGGGGUUGGUCGGACCGGAACACCAGCGUGCUUCUAGAGGCCGACAUGCAGGUCGUGGAUCGCGUUAAACGUGACUGCCCGGGUGAACCCACGUUCUGCGCCCGAGGCAAGAACUGGAGUGGCCACUGUCGGGGCGAUUCUGGAGGUCCGUACCAGACAAUUGUACCCAUCGAACCGGCUGGGCCCCGGUACGUGCAGUUUGGAAUUAUCUCGGCCGGAAGUGGACAAUGUACCGGAACGAAAAAGGCACCGGGAGUUGGCGUAUCGGUUGCCGCGCAAGUGAACGAAGUUGGUCGAUUUUGGACGUUGUUGAGGUUGAUACGCGCGAGAGUGGUUGUGAAGUUUUUUCGAGUGAAGUACCGAAGAUCCGCGAUACAGAUCCGUGCUUUCAGGAUGUUGAGGACCUUGUGCUUAGUUGUGGUGAUUUUGAGCGGCGGCGGCGGUGCCAGGGCUUUCCUGUUGACGGAGUACCUCGUUGGCGGUUGGAAGACAAACGUUGGUGAAUUUCCGCACAUGGCAGCGCUGGGACGAACCCAGCCGAUCGGCGGGAAUGACUCCGGGAUUGAGUGGUUUUGCGGGGGAACGCUGAUCUCGGAUCGGUUCGUGCUAACGGCGGCGCACUGCGCCAACAGCCAGAUGUCGGAUCCUCCAACGCUGGUCCGACUCGGCGAAUACGACCUGAGCACCGAGGACGACAGCGACCAUCGGGAUGUGGCCGUGUCCGGGAUCGUGCACCAUCCGCGGUAUAAUCGCGUCCAAGCGUACAACGAUAUCGCGGUGGUCAAGUUGGCCGAACCGGUUCAGUUUAGUCGAUUCAUUCGACCGGCCUGCCUGUGGCAGCUGGAGACACUUCCGGUGGAGGCAAACGGACUGCUGACCGCCAUCGGAUGGGGCCAGCUGGGACAAUAUGGUGACCAACCGUCGGAACUGCACAAGGUGGAUCUUCCGGUGGUCCCGAACGACGCGUGUAACCGGCUAAUGUCCACGCCCCGAUCCCGCCGCCUAAAGUAUGGCGUCCUCCCGUCCCAGAUUUGCGCCGGUGACCUGGCCGGGGGCAAGGACACCUGCGAGGGCGAUUCCGGUGGACCGUUGUUCCUAAAGUCCAGCGAUCCCAACUGCAACUACGACGUCGUGGGCAUCACCAGCAUCGGGGGCAUCUGCGGAACGGCCCGAAAGCCCGGUGUGUACACCCGGGUGUCGUACUAUAUGAACUGGAUCGAGUCGAUCGUGUGGCGGAAGCAGUGAGGGGAAGACGCCAGGCUGGAUUGCCCUGAAGAACUGAAAACGCUCUCGAAAUCAUACAAGACUGAUGAUUGUGUACUUAAAUGGAAGCACCCUCUGGUGGUCACUUUUUGCUUAAAUUAUGACAUGUUUAAUGUUUUUUAUAUUUUAAAAUAUAAG